AUGUUUGGCAAUCGAAUGCAUGUUCUGAUCUCUGCAGUUUGGCUUUUAUCCCUGUAUUGGGUUGGUCAACACAUAUGGUUUCCUUCUCAAGAGCGUCUGGCUAAAGCUACACGGCUGUUUGUAAAUCCACUUUAUUGUGGGAUAUUGCUUGAACAACAUUUGGUGAUGAAUAGAAGACGAAAGCAGCAGAAAAUAAAUAAAAAAGGAAAAAAUGAAAAUAACAAGGAGUGUGUGUACAUGCCGGAAAUGGACAGCAAUCAAGUGCCGGAAAUGGACAGCAAUCAAGUGGUAUUGAAGGAGGAAACCAACACAAAUGAGAAAAAUCAUCCUGUUGUGUACGCAUGCGCAACUAUGUGGCAUGAAACCCGCUUUGAAAUGGUUCAACUUUUAAAAUCUUUGUUCAGACUAGAUAAAGACCAAUUUGACAGAGAAGUAGAAUAUCAAUCUGCAAAGGAAGAAAAUAAAAACGAUCCAAACAAAACCAACCUACCGGAAGAUUACUACGAAUUUGAAGCUCAUAUUCUGUUUGACGACGCUUUCAACGAAAAUGGCAAUGUCAACCACUAUGUAGAAACAUUUGAAUCCGUAAUAAAAGAAUCUGCAAGGUAUAUAAUGAUUGGAACAAAUAAACUUUAUAUAUCAACAGAUCAAUGA